UGUUCGGUUUUCUCUUACUUUUAUAGAGAGGCUUUUGCCUAUUCAGAAAAGACCAAACAAAGUGAAGUUUUUUUCACUUCUUUCAAAUUCAAUCUUCCGUCACUGAAAUUGAAAGAGGAAAAGAAAAAAAGAAAACCACCUUUCUGUUACUGAUACUUUCAAUUCUCUCACAAAAGAACUCAAGAAGAUCGAAACUUUAGUGUUUUCAGUAGAAAAAACGAGCGACCCCUCUUGUUUAUCUUUGUAGUUUUGAUGGAUCUAUAGAUCUAACCCACAUGUAUUGUUUUGUUUACUUUAGAUCUCCAUCCUUUUCAUCUUGUUCAAUUCAGUAGCUGACCAGAUACUGUAUAGAGAUUUUUACUGCUGGAGACUGGUGAGAUUUAUUGGAAGGAGUGUUAUUGCAUCCAAUUUGGAUGUGGAGGAAUUGGAGGCUGGCCCUGGUGAGAUGAGGGAUGUUAUCAAGGUUGAUAAACUUUUUGAGGGCCUGCUGGCUGCCGUCCUCGGACCCUUGCAUCCACACUGGUUUGGAAGCAGCAGGCCGGCAAGAUGGGCUGCUUUGGUACAAAGACAAAGGGCAGCAUAUGAAUGGUGAAUUCUCUAUGGCAGUUGUGCAGGCCAAUAAUUUACUUGAGGAUCAAAGUCAGAUUGAGUCAGGUCCAUUGAGCUCUCUUGGGUCUGGUCCUUAUGGCACGUUUGUGGGAAUAUAUGAUGGUCAUGGUGGGCCGGAGACAUCACGUUAUAUCAAUGAUUAUCUCUUCCAGCAUCUAAAGAGAUUAACCUCCGAGCAACAAUCCAUGUCUGUUGAUGUGAUUCGGAAAGCAUAUCAAGCAACUGAAGAGGGAUUUUUUUCUCUUGUUGCCAAGCAGUGGUCUAUGAAGCCUCAAAUUGCGGCUGUUGGAUCUUGCUGCCUGGUGGGCGUGAUCUGUGGUGGUAUCCUCUACAUUGCCAACCUUGGUGAUUCCCGAGCUGUCCUUGGGAGGCAUGUCAAGGCAACUGGUGAGGUUAUUUCCAUCCAGCUGUCAUCAGAGCAUAAUGUAGCAAUAGAGUCUGUCAGACAGGAGAUGCAUUCUUGGCAUCCUGAUGACUCGCAAAUUGUGGUUUUAAAGCAUAAUGUAUGGCGUGUGAAAGGUCUGAUACAGAUUUCUAGAUCUAUUGGUGAUGUGUAUCUAAAGAAGGCUGAAUUCAACAGAGAGCCGUUGUAUGCUAAGUUCCGCCUUCAUGAACCUUUUAAGAGGCCAAUUUUAAGCUCUGACCCUUCAAUUUCUGUGCAUAGACUCCAACCUCAUGAUCAAUUUCUCAUAUUUGCUUCUGAUGGGCUGUGGGAGCACCUUAGCAAUCAAGAAGCUGUUGAUAUAGUUCAAAAUCAUCCCCACAGUGGAAUUGCCCGAAGGCUUAUAAAAGCUGCAUUGCAAGAAGCUGCUAAGAAAAGAGAAAUGAGAUACUCAGACCUGAAGAAAAUUGACCGUGGUGUCCGUCGGCAUUUCCAUGAUGACAUCACAGUAGCAGUUGUAUUUCUUGACGCAAAUCUUUUGAGCAGAGCAAGCACAGUCAAAGGGCCUUCUGUGUCUGUCAGAGGGGGUGGGAUCCAUCUACCUGCAAAAACUCUAGCUCCCUGUGCCUCACCAAUGGAACAUAAUAGCACCUAAUGAAGCUGGCACUUAAUACUGUUGUACCAUGGGCUGAAUCCUUUCUCAGAACUUCCAUGAUGGUAUCUGCUACAAUUUUCAAGAGAGGGAGAGAAGGUGCUGUCCUUCCAUCAGUUUUUCAAUGUACAAUGUAACAUCUUAACUUGAGACCUGUAUUUUCUUGGUUUCUGAUCAUACGAGCUGAAGGAAAAGGAAAGAAUCAGGGAAAUGGAGCAGCAAAGUUGGGCAUUGAAUGUUCCUUCUCGAGGACAGACUUGUUGAUGCUUUCAACUCUCCUUUCGGUCCCUAAUCUUGUAGUUUUUGUUCUUUUUGUAAAUUAUGGGGAAACAGAUGCCCCGAUGGAAUCAAAGCUUAUGCACCUUGUUUGCAUGUUGUGCUUCCUUAGACUAGUAGCCGAAUCUUGUAUCAUUUGAUGUAAGAGGUUUAAGGCUGUAUCUUGACACAUUAAUCUCUUGAAUUCAAGAAUUGUUGGGGACCUUUGGUUUCA